AUGACAACACCACCAGUAUGGCGGCCGCUGCCAACCUCACCAUCAGCUGGCCUGCCCGACCUAUUGGUCUCAACGACCUUUUCGACCACAUCAUACGAAAUCCAUGUAACAGACCUAGCCAACAUUUGGACCGAGUCAAUGGAUCGCAAGGCAAUUUACCUACGCAGUCUUACUGAAUCAACGAGCAUCGACCCAACAGACAGUGAAAGCAACAUGCGGGCCUUCUUGUCCAAAAUUCGGUCAGUCUUUGAUGACUCUCAUGAAGACCAUGAGAAGGCCUCGAUGACGCUGUCUACAAACUUCAACAAAGAUGCUGGAAAGGACGGUCUAACAAUGAACAUCACUUGCGAACUGGCUAAUAUGAAACCGCUUGAGUGGCCCGUAUAUCUGCGGAAAUCUCCCCAGUCUAAACUCACGGCAGAGCUCAUCCUACCACUUACGAACGCCAACUCCACCAAGAGCCAGCAAAUUGACUCUCUUUUGGCUAUAAUGAAGCACAAGGAUACCGUUAUCGCGAAGCUCCUCGACAAGCUGGAAGCUACUGGUACUCGUCUUGAAAACGUCUUCACCAUCUUGUCAGCCAAGCAGAAGCCGACGCGACAAAUGGCGGAGGAAAAGGUCAAGGGGUUGGCUCCAUUCCACUUUGGCGAGUGGGAAUCUCAAUUUCGGAAUCACUCCACCGACAUUCCAGACAUCAUUCGCCACGUAUAUGGUGAUCGUGGUCUCGAAUAUCGCCGUUACCCUGAUAUGGGGCAUUCCGAUCUAGACGACUGGUGGACUAAGUUAGAGUCUUCAACCAUUCCCAUUGUCGGACCGACAUCUAGACCCAUUUCUACUGAGCUAAACAAAGUGUCUCCUGGGGCCGAUACUGAGAGUCUUACGGAUGUGGCAACUAAAAGGGGAAUCCAGGCUGCUGAAGAAGACGAUGAUUUUCAAGUCCAAUCAACACCACCGCAUCUCAAGUCUUCGCGGAAGCGGGCCACAGCUGCAGCGGCAGGGAACCACCAAGACGACAGCACUGAGGAUGAAGACGAGGAAGCUUCGCACAUCCCCGAUAGCUUGCCUGCACCCCCUCAAAAGCCCAAUAACCAUCCUAUUCGCUUAGGAACUAUAGGGAAGAAACAGCCGGCAACCCCUCCGUCUCGGUCACCUCACAAGUCUUUACAGCCGGAAGGAUCGGAUACCGAAACCGAAUCAGACGCUGAUGCCACUGCAUCCUUGGCAGAGAUUUCGCCGCCGCCCAAUCGAAACGAUUCUGAACGCACAACAACUGCCAGAGGUAGACUUGGGCGCUUAGGAGGGGGAAAGCAACGCUCAGUCACGCCGGAACCACCGCUAAAACUGGAAUCACCGAGGAAAGGAGGACUUGGCCGUAUCGGUGGAACGACGCAUCACCCGAAGUCCCCUGAACCCUCAAAGAAAGGCAGCUUAGGACGGAUAGGUGGUGCUGCCCGUUUAUCAAAGACACCCGAACCGUCUGCUGUGAACACCGAAGAAAGAGGUCGAUAUCGGACCGAAUCUAAGCCGCCAGAGAAGCCAAGGGAGACGUCUCAGGAAAGGGCAGAUAGGAAGCGAGACGAGCUGCAGAAGGAGUUACAGAGGAAGGCUGCAUCAGGCCCAGCACGGAAGAAGCGGAAGUUCUAA